AUGAAUGCGACAGCCACCAUGAUCUAUAACAAAUAUGCACAGCAGUGUGCAGCAGCCUUCGGAAAGGCACGCCAGAUCUCAAAGAUAAUCCCCAUAAGGGACUUUAACAAUUGGGCCAAGUCAGUGCUGAUUAAGCAGUACUUGGUGCGUGGCUCGGGAAGGAAGGACUUAUCUGUCAUGGACAUGUGCAGUGGUCGUGGAGGAGAUCUCAAGAAGUUUUCCGCGCUAGGAAGGGUCAGAUACCUCGCAUGCGUGGAUGUCUCGUUAGAGUCCAUCGUGGAGGCAAUAAUGCGCUACAACGCAAUGGUGUCAGGCCCAAAUAACAGGGGCCUCUAUCUUGCAGACUUCGUUUGGGCUGAUGUCUUCGAGACCGCUCUAUCAAAGCACUUCAUUCCGCACAAAAAGGGGCUCCGUUUUGAUAUGAUCUCGUGUCAAUUCGCCCUGCACUACGCUUUUGAAUCUGAAGCUCGAGCGAGGAUUCUCUUUCAGAACAUAAGAGAUUGUCUGAGUAACGAAGGUUCUUUCAUAGCCAUCUUUGCUUCUAAGGAGAUAAUAUUGUCAAGACUGGAAGCAGCUGGUUAUAGCUGGCCAUCUGCAGCCAUCCCUCCUUCGAUAGGAAAUGGGCUCUAUAGUGUCCGCUUUACAGAGCCCUUCAGGGCCGAUCCUCACAACCCGAAUUAUGGUGUGAAGUACUACUUCGAGCUCGAAGAAGCCAUAGAUAAUAUACCCGAGUAUUUUGUCGACUUUGAGAACAUUCGGACUCUGUGCAAAGAAUUUGGACUGACCAUCAAGAAGCAUUUUGCAACUCUGAGCGACUUUUAUAAUGAAUACUUCAAUUUACAUCCAGAACCAUCUGAAACAGAGUUCUUCAAGCGCAUGUUGAAAAAUACCGGCAAAUACCUGACACAGGAGAUCCAGAGAGGAGAAAACCUUGAAAACAGUUGCAGUGACUUCUUUGAUGACGCCAGCGAGGAAGAACAGCCGGCCCAGCUUGCUGAAGGAACAGUUGUUACAGAGGUUGUGGACGUCAAGGCACUCACAGACCUGCCGGCCAAAUAUCUCGAAGUAAUUAACAUAUAUCAAGCGGUGGUCAUAGGGCAUGCUCAGCCAUCAUCCUUCAUUGAGCCAUACACAUGCAGAAGCGCGCCUGUGUGCCGGCGCUUAGCAGAUGUAAUCAAUUUAACCCCAAAUAAUAUCUCGCGGGAGCAGCUUAGAGAGAGCUUUAGCAAUCACUUCUGGACCCCAGGAACAGGUCUGGUUAAACAGUGA